CAAACCUCAAAUUUAGAACUAAAGAAGCUUUUAGGAUGAAAGGCGAAUCAACCGGGAAAAGUCCCGUUGAUGGCAUUUGCGCAUUAACCCGAUCCGUACGACCGAGAACCGACACGGACACCGAGGCCUCCUGUGCCAGCCGAGAUCUCAGUACAGCAAUCAUCACAAAUUCAUUAUUCGAACACCAAAGGCAGGCCCUCUUCCUCAUUUGGUGGCAGGAAGUGGGCUGCCGAGCCGUCGGUCGGAGUCACGCUCGAGUCAUCGCUCUCCUAGACUCAGCGAGGCACAGCCGAAACGAUCCUUCACGUCACCACAGAAAAUCGGACAAUGUAAUGUCACUCGGCUUCCCCUUUGCGCGAGUGUGUUAAGAUCGUGACAAGCGCGGAGGACGCGAACGAGGCAGGCGCAGCUCUCCGACUUCAGGAUGGGUAACAUGAUGCGAGGCGUGCGCAUCUGUAACAACCUCGACAGCGGCCAUCGUGGCAGUCCUUGGGAAGACUCCGAGGAAGACACGGCGGUUGCGCUCGGCGACUACCCACCUCCUGACGUCAGCGAACCCAUCUUUAGGAUGGGGGAGAAGCUCGGCAUUGUCGCACAGGAGGGCUACUGGAGGAAAGUCCGUUCGCUCCAGACGGGAAAGGAGAACUUCAUCCCCGGGAUCCAUGUGGCCAGGGUGUAUCAUGGGUGGCUUUUUGAGGGGGUGACGAGGCAGAAGGCUGAGGAACUUCUCCUUCUACCUGGAAACAGGGUGGGCUCCUUCCUGGUACGGGAGAGCUCCGCAGAGCGAGGCGUGUCGCGUCUGUUUGUAGGCAUGUACGUUCUGUCGGUCAAGCACAGCAUCAUACGGCACUACCGUAUCUCCCGACUGGACAACAGCUGGUACUACAUCUCCCCUGGCCUCACCUUCCAGUGCCUGGAAGACCUGGUCAACUACUACUCGGACUUUGCGGGCGGUUUGUGCUGCGCGUUGACGUCGCCGUGUCAGUCCAGCCGAACAGCGCCGCCGACAGACGAUCCGCCGGUUGUCACGAGACGCCGUUUGGACAGGAAGGAGCGAGACGGGACGCGGCCGACCGGCACGGGCGGCCGUGACGACGGCGUGCUAAGCUACGGCAUCAGGAACAGCGUGGCCGCAUACCUGUCCUUCUCCGAGUGUGAAGAAGCCCAAAGCACGAGGGCGCAAAGCAGACGGGAGAAGGGCACAUCUCUUUGCGUGCUCCCUGAAAAGAGCCCGGCGAACAUCGGCUACGGCGCCCUUUAACUUCGCCGCUGGCCCGAAAAGACGCAUCGCAAAGGGGCGGCAUCGCCUUGUCCGCUGCGCAACGACAACUCAAAACUGUUGGACUGGACUGGAGAACUUCCUGUUGGGUUCCACCGUCAAGUUUAUGCGCUGUCUUUUUCCGCCAUGACGCAGGCGUUGUGAACGUUUCUCAUUUCAAAUUUCCCCGCAAACAUCCUGCCUGGCGUUUGCUUAUUUGCUGCAUUUCCCCAGCGUCAUUAAUAUCACUCAUCGGCUGUGCGGUACUGCAAUUCCCGACGAGACGAUUUUGCCCGCAGAAUGUAAAUAUUGAGCAAGUGUAACAAUAGCAAACACAACUUUGCACUUCAUAAGCACAAACAAAGUGUGUAAAUAAAAUCGGCGCCUUCGGGCUGAUG